UUGGCAUCGUCCUAUUGCUUGUCUGCGUCGUAUUCUUACACAUCGCCUACAUCGUCCCGCUAUUUCUCAUUGCGAUUAUCGCCCUCAAGAUCAACAAAAAUGGCUACGGUGCACACAAACGGCGGGGCCGUUUCCGGCUCUAACGGGUCAACUUCUCUGAAUGCGAUUCCGUCGUUGGAUGUCGCAGCGAUAUGGGAGAUGCUAGGGCUUAUGAAGGGCAGUCUAGGUACUAUUGGGCAACAGUUUCAGACUUUGGAUGAACAAUCGGCGAAGGUAGACUUGUUGGGACCCACAAAGGAAUCCUUGAGGAAACAAGCGAAGGAUCUAGAGGACGAGAUGAAGUCAACUCAAGAUAAGCGAGAGAAGACUCUUCAGAAUGUCAGGAGUGCCCUGAAAGAACAGCUUAAGGAAAAAAUCGCCAAACAGAUGAAGGACCACAUCAAAGAGCAGAUUCGUCAACAGGUCCCGGCCCGAGUCGAAGUCGAGGUUAAAACCCGGAUUUCCCAGCAUCUGCCCGUGCCAUUGACGGUCCAGGUGGACGAAAGCCGGCGACAAAUCGACGAAGUGAAACACGCCUUCCAGAAUUCCGAGGCGAGGCGGCAAAACUCCAGCUUGAGGACGUACAACCUCGACCAGUCUCUCGCGGAGGUUCUCAAGUUGGACGGCAAGAAGUCUACUCUGUGGCCUGGGAAUUUGCGAUCUCUGUUCAACUACAGCGCUGCACAAGCACGAGAUCUCGCACACGACUACGGUCUCGGCGGGCCGAUUGGGGACAGGGAAAGAAACAUCAGCCACUUCAUGGCGCAUAUCGGUAUCUCUUUCCCGCUCUUGUGGGUGGCCGUAAACGGCAGCGCUGCGACCAACGGCGCUGGUGCUUCACCUUGAGUGCAGACAGCGUGGAGCGAACGUCUCUUUUGCCGGGUCAGUUGCUUUCUGUAUUUGUAGCGUCGCAGUUGAGUUGUAUGUACGAGUUUUUGUUGUAUUUACCAGUGUCAUGUAUUCUAUUCUUGUGUCAGGCUCGAAAUGGGAAGUGGGCCUAGCAGACGUACCUUUACAAGCCAGCACAUUCAUACCGCAGGGCUGCCUUCGGAACCGGGGCUCAGUCCAUGACG